AUGAACACCUAACAGGCCAGCGGUUAAUCGUCAAAACCAAAACUCAGCGAAAAUAGCACGGAAAAGAUUUUGAACAGAAGUUACAAUGGCGGAAUAUUUGCAAGAUGAAAACGAACGAAAACCCACGAUUAGUUCAUCACUACUGGUCUGCCCUUUAUGCAGUAGCAAAAGAAAGAGUUUUACUUGUGAUUGGUGUAUUCAAAAUGGAAACUUCGACCAUUCUAGUGGAAAGUAUAGCGAACGGUAUGCCGAAAAGUUGAAGAAAUUAGAGAUUUUAAAGAGGUUGAAGAAAGAAUAUGAAAAAUGCGCUCUAGAUGCUUUAAAGAAAAGGGAAGACACAGAGAAAUUGAACUGUGAAGUGAUCUCCAGGAGACAGAGAGUUUUGCUUUUGAGGCUAGUUGUCGAUGAAGCAGCCCAAGAACUCAAGUCAGCAAAAGAGGCUGCUGGUGAACUUCAAGAGACCAAUAACAUGGUACAUUUGAAGCAAACAGAACUCGUAGAAAAACUGAAGGUCAAGGCAAAGCAGCUGCAACAAUAUCAGACUGAUGUAGGGAAAAGAAUUAAAGAUCUUCAGAAAGUAAUGGAGAAGCUCUGUGAGGCCCGCAGAACUAGGAUAUCCCAGAUACAGAAGUACUUGUUUCCCAUUCAAGUUAAUCCAGUUUUCCAAGUGUUGGGUACACCGCCCUUGAAGGAUGUCAACACUGAUAUCAGUAAAGAUAUACAGUGUGACAUUGAAAGUGAGAAUGAUGAUGAGAACCGUGAAUCUCAGCUGGCUGAGGCCACACGGACGUCGUACAUUGAAGGUCGCUGGGUGUCUGAAGAGGAGGAUGUGAGAAUGGAAUACUCUAUAAAUGAUGCUUAUCUGCCAGCCAAUGGGAACUAUUCAUCUUACCAUGAAUGGGUUAAGACCCACAGGAAUGGCUCCAAAGGACCAGCAUCGGAUGAAGAAAUCUCGGUGAAAAAUCCGGCCUUUAUGAUGACGGCCGCUCUAACACACGCUUGUCAAAUGGUCGAACUCAUGGCGUAUUACUUGGACGUGAAUUUACCGAAAAGAAUAAACUACAGUGAAUUUUGUCAAUACGAUCUCAGUAAAAGAGACUUUAGAAGCGCUGUAGAUCGAUUAAACGCGAACGUGUUACACUUAUGUUUCACCCAGCAUGUGGAACCGUCACUGCUUCGUCCCAGAAGAACAUUACACAACCUGUACACUUGUGUGAAUUCUCUUCAUCUUGGACGGGGAGGCCCAUUUGAGUGUCAUCCCGAGCUGAUAUCGAUUAGCAACGAAAACGAUGGCAGCGAUGCCAGUGAUCAAACUGACCCGGCUUCGGAAGAAGCAAACAGCGAAUCGGACGCCGAAUGGGAAAACCUAUCUACGAACUUGGUUCACACGACAGAUGCUUCCACUCACCAAGGGUCUUUGUUGCACUCUACAUCACCAGAAGCCAGCCGGAAGGCAGACGAGCCCGCGACAGCUGCUAGCCUAGUUAGCUCAGCGGCUGCUUCCGUUGCCGCGCUUUGGCCGUGGAAAAAAUAACGUUUGUUUUGUGUUAGGUUUUAACUUGUUUUAGUCUAAGGGUUAGGUGGUUCCUACUCCAUCAGAU